ACCGCGUUCGCCGGAAGUAGUUCUCCGGGCGGAAGUUUCUGAGUACGGAAGAGCGGAAGUGCCUUCUCUUCCGGUCUCUUUGGUCCCGGCGGCAGAAGCAAGAUGACGAAGGGCACGUCGUCGUUUGGAAAGCGUCGCAAUAAGACGCACACCCUGUGCCGCCGCUGUGGCUCGAAGGCCUACCACCUUCAGAAGUCGACCUGUGGCAAGUGUGGCUACCCUGCCAAGCGCAAGAGAAAGUAUAACUGGAGUGCCAAGGCUAAGAGGCGAAACACUACCGGAACUGGACGAAUGAGGCACCUAAAAAUUGUCUUUCGGAGAUUCAGGCAUGGAUUCCGUGAAGGAACAACACCUAAACCCAAGCGGGCAGCUGUUGCAGCAUCCAGCUCAUCUUAAGAAUUUCGUCUGUCAGUCAUAAUAAAUGCUCUGGUUUCAAAAA